AUGGGCGAGGCCGCUAGGCGGGCGCUGUCGCGCGCAACUGGAGCUGUGCGUCGCUAUGGCUGGCUAAGCUUUUGGGCGCAGCUAACGCUAUCCGUCGUGGGUGGCGUGAUUUUGCUGUUUUCGGUCGCGUUUACAUCACAGAGCGGACCCAAGGCGUCGCUCUACCUUACCCUUUUCGGCAUCCUGGCUGGCUUCCUUUCAACCUUUUGGAACUUUGGAUACACCCGCACGGCCAUGAAGAUGCAGGCGUAUCUGGACGCAGCCCCCGGUCAGGAGGUACCCAAAGUUAAGAAGCAGCAAGUGGUUGACAUGGUGACGCGCGGGAUCUUCAUCAACAUGGCCGGCCUCGCCGCAACGCUGGCCGGUGUGCAAGCGCUUGUGGGCAUGCUAGUCGCCAAGACUCUGCAGAUUAGCUCCUACCCCUUCAUGGCAGCUGCCACCGGCGCCAACUACAACCCCGUGGUAGCGUUGGAUGUGUUUUUGGUGCAGGCGGCCACCAACACUCUGUUGGGUCAUUUCGUCAGCCUGGCUUGCUCGCUGUGGCUGUUGCACGUGGUUGGAGAGGGACAGGGACUGCGGUUCCAGGCCACGGCCUCGGACGCCGCCGCCGCGGGGCCCGCCGUCAUUGGCAAGGGCAACGCGGGGACCUACCGCGUCAACUACGGCGCGUAA